AAUAUGCUUUUAUGACAUUUUAACAGAUUAUAGGCCAUUCCAUGUCGCCUGAUCUUUGCUGCGUUUUGCGCGUCUGCGCAAAAUGUAAGAGGGCUAUGACACUUUGCAAUCCCUCUUACUAUACGACGUUACUUCGUCAAACCCUACCGAUUCUUCCACAGAUUAUGGAUAAAACGUUUGACCCUAUAAUAUCUUCUUAUGCAUCGUUUUUGGAAAUACGCCUACGAUUGAUUAUUUGUGUUAUUAUAACACUAUUUGUAGGUUAACUGUCUUCACCAUACGCCUCCCCAUGUAUCCUAUUCGUAUACAUAUGGCAUAUAGAUAUAGUCUCUGAAACGUAUCGCGUAGGAACUAGUUUAUUAAGAAGAAAACUUGACCUGGCUGGGUGGAGCUCUCUGUUAUUCUACCCGUGACUGUAUCAGCAGUCUAGUGUCGACUUAAAUUGCGGCAUGUAUGGACAUAUCCUGGAGCCAUCAGGGAUAGCAGUCACUCGGACACUGAGCUAGGGUUCCGUAUGCCCUCCGAUAUCUAAUUAUUGGGAUAGGGUGUUCUAUAAUAAAGUUACCCCGGACCGGGCGGCGCACAGGCGAGUGCGUAAUGUUCUGGGCUCCGUUUCUAUCGCCAGCAGAGAGAAAAGAGAGACGCCCCUUGCCUUUUAAACCAGAUAACACGGCGUUACAGUGUGGUAUGUCAACGCAGGACGCCUUUAACCUUUUUUUUUUUUUGAAGGACAGCUGUAUUUAUUGACGUAUGCAAAUUCAAACAGGGGAGGUCCUUCAGGAAAACCAGAAUCCGUUUUACGUCGCAGUUCAGAGUUCCUGCGUGAAGGAAAACGAGACGUGGCGAAUUCGGCACAGCAAGCCAUGCAGGAUGAUUUACUGAUGGACAAAAACAAAGCCCCGCAGCCUCACCAUCAGCAAGAUCCAACAAACGUAGACCCUCCCUCUACCCCGGCCCCCUCAUUUGAACCCCCUUCAUCCGAGGAGAGCAGUCCGUCGAGUGUGUCCCACCAAGCGGCUUCAUUAGUGCUGGACAACAAAGAGAAAGUGCAGAUGGAGUCGCCGAUCCUGCCGGGGUUGAGUUUUCACCAGCCGCAGGAGACUGGAGGCAGCCUCUCUCCGUCGUUCGGCAGCACUUGGUCCACGGGCAGCUCGAACGCCGGCCCGGACGACAGCUUUUUCCAAGGAAUACCCUCGGUGAACGGAACGAUGCUUUUUCAGAACUUCCCCCAUGUCAACCCGGUGUUCGGAGGUAAUUUCUCACCUCAGCUCGGCCUGGCUCAUUCUCAACAUCAUCAUCAGCAGCAGCAGCAGCAACAGCAGCAGCAGCAACAGCAAGCACAACAGCAGCAGCAGCAGCAGCAGCAGCCCCAGCAAAGGAGGUCCCCCGUGAGCCCAAACCAAGGCCCAUUCCCCCAGAGAAACGCUUACCAGACCAUCAUGAACAGCAAGGGGUCACCUGCUCCGGCCUCGUCUUCGUCUUGGAAUAACCACCAGAACGCCGCCUGGAGCACCGCCUCCAACCCAUGGAGCGGCAUGCAGGCUGGAAGGGACCCUCGGAGAGCCGUGGGCGUCGGGGUCGGCGUGGGAGUCGGGGUGCCCUCUCCCCUGAAUCCCAUCUCCCCGAUGAAAAAACCCUACUCCGGCAAUGUCAUUGCGCCUCCGAAAUUCCCAAGAGCUGGCCCUCUUACCCCCAAGUCCUGGGUGGAGGACAGCGCCUUUAGGACCGACAACGGCAACAAUUUACUGCCUUUCCAGGACCGGAAUCGGCCCUUUGAUGCAUUUAGCUUGCACUCUUUGGAGAAUUCCUUAAUGGAUAUGAUAAGGACUGACCACGACAAAGGUAAACCACACCCAGCCAGCGGCCCACCAAUGACUAUCGCUGAUAUAGUAUGGAGGAAUCAUUUCGCAGGACGAAUGGGCCUCAAUUUCCACCACCCUGGGGCCGACCACAUAAUGCCGUUGAACACAGCCAGGAGUUAUGGCCGCAGAAGAGGUCGCUCGUCUCUUUUCCCCUUCGAGGACGGUUUCCUUGACGACGGCCACGGUGACCCCUCACUGACCCCUGGCCUGAGCUCCCCGACCCGCUGUCAGAACGGAGAGCGGAUGGAGCGUUACUCCAGGAAGGUGUUCGUCGGAGGCCUUCCCCCCGACAUAGACGAAGAUGAGAUCACGAACAGUUUCCGUCGCUACGGGCACCUGGUGGUCGACUGGCCCCACAAAGCAGAGAGCAAAUCCUACUUUCCCCCGAAAGGCUACGCCUUCCUGCUGUUCCAGGAGGAGGCGUCCGUCCAGGCGCUGAUCGACGCCUGCAUCGAGGAGGACGGCAAGCUGUACCUCUGCGUGUCCAGCCCCACCAUCAAGGACAAGCCCGUCCAGAUCCGCCCCUGGAACCUGAGCGACAGUGACUUUGUGAUGGACGGCUCCCAGCCCCUGGACCCCCGCAAGACCAUCUUCGUGGGCGGGGUGCCCCGGCCCCUACGCGCAGUGGAGCUGGCCAUGAUCAUGGACCGGCUGUACGGGGGCGUGUGCUACGCCGGCAUCGACACCGACCCCGAGCUCAAGUACCCCAAGGGGGCGGGGCGCGUGGCCUUCUCCAAUCAGCAGAGCUACAUCGCCGCCAUCAGCGCCCGAUUCGUCCAGCUGCAGCACAACGACAUCGACAAAAGAGUGGAGGUGAAGCCCUACGUCCUGGACGACCAGAUGUGCGACGAGUGCCAGGGCGCUCGCUGCGGCGGCAAGUUUGCGCCGUUCUUCUGCGCCAACGUGACGUGCCUGCAGUACUACUGCGAGUACUGCUGGGCCAGCAUCCACUCCCGGGCCGGCCGCGAGUUCCACAAGCCGCUGGUGAAGGAGGGCGGCGACCGGCCCCGACACGUCUCCUUCCGCUGGAGCUGAGCCCCGGUGGGGGGGGGGGGGGGGGCCCGCCCGGCCCCUGGCCCCUGGCCCCUGGCCCCCGGCCGUCACCCACCGGUCAGCGCUGCACUCCAGCACCACUCCCCAAAACCUCCACCCCCACCACCACCACCUCCUCCACCACCUCCUCCACCACCUCCAUCUCAUAGAGAAACACGACAACUAAAUACACAACAGAGGAUGAGCUACACGGGACUUUGUUUUUGUUUCAAAGUAACACCACCCUUGUGUCGUCCCCCCCUGCCCCCUCCCCCCCCCCCCCCCGAGUAAGAAGUGUAAUUGUGACGUGGGUGUGUGGUGAUUCCACCAGCGAGCGUUUAUUCAUUUCGGGGUUUGCACUUUUGGCGCACAAUUAUUGGAACUUCACGCACCCACGCAUGACAGACAGGCGCCGUGUGGCCGAGGGCGUG